GGAGCCGUGGCGUUAUUAUGAUCUCAAACUCCAAACGUUAACCAUCAUCUGUUUCAAAUGUCGUGCUCCAAUGGACGACGGCGACCUUCUCUUCCCCAUUUUCUUUGAUUUUCUUCUCAAUUUCCCUCCAAUCAACCUUUUCAUGGAGUAGCCGAAGAGAUUUUCGUUUUCCACUUAGAGCUAAGAUGAUUCUACGCUCACAAUCCUCCUCUGUUUUCACGGUUUCCUCUACAGUUAUUGACAAUCACACGUUUAAGUCUCACCGGCGGCAACUUCAGCUUCUUGAUUACGGCGAUGGAUGCGGUCACGGCCAGUUCCAUGUUCGAGUUUCUAAAAUUUUACUUUCGACGACUGCGGUCACCGUCGGUUCUAGCGGCGGAAGUCUCGCUAGAAGGAAAUCUAGGAAUCGUUUUAUCAAUGUUAGGUCUUCUGCAAGUGCCUCCGAUUUGUCCUCCUCGACUCAGUCGCAGCAGGAUAUUACAACUCCAGGUUCAGGUCCAGAUAAGAAUGAGGAAGCUCAGAGGCCUGGACCUGAUCUGAAAAUUCUUCUGAAGAGGCUUUGGAAAGUUGCCGCACCUUAUUGGUUUUCGGAUGAUAAAGUGCAAGCUCGAUGGCAGCUGGCUGCUGUCUUCGCUCUGACCUUAGGCACCACCGGCAUCAGCGUUGGCUUCAAUUUCCUUGGCCGCGACUUCUACAAUGCUCUCGCUAACAAGGACCAAGAACAGUUCACUAAGCAACUCCUUUACUACCUAGGUGCCUUUGCUGGAGGUAUUCCGGUUUUUGUAUUGAGAGAUUAUGCAAAGGACAUGCUUUCCCUUAGAUGGAGGUCAUGGAUGACCAAACAUUACAUGGAGCGUUAUCUAAAGGACCAGUCUUUCUAUAAAAUUCAGUCCCAAUCCAUUAUUGAUAAUCCAGACCAGCGGAUUGUUGAUGACCUCAGUUCUUUCACAGGGACAGCUCUUUCAUUUUCUUUGGCGCUCUUCAAUUCUACAGUGGAUUUAAUUUCAUUUAGUAACAUCUUAUAUGGUAUCUAUCCACCAUUGUUUGUUAUUCUUCUUUUAUAUUCGAUAGGAGGAACGGCAAUUAGUGUUUUCCUCGGAAAGGGUUUGGUUAAUUUGAACUUCUUGCAAGAAAAGAAAGAAGCAGAUUUUCGCUAUGGACUUGUCCGCAUUCGUGAAAAUGCUGAAUCAAUUGCUUUCUAUGGUGGUGAAGAGAAUGAGAUGCAACUUAUUCUGCAACGUUUUAGAAGUGCUGUCGAGAAUUUAACUAAAUUACUAAUAGCAUCCAGAAAUCUCGAGUUCUUUACCAAUGGCUAUCGCUACCUUAUUCAAAUUCUUCCAGCUGCUGUUGUUGCCCCCAUGUACUUUUCAGGAAAAAUUGAGUUUGGUGUUAUUAAUCAAUCAGUAUCUGCUUUCAACCACAUCCUGGGGGACUUUUCCAUCAUUGUAUAUCAGUUUCAAGCCAUCAGUGCUUUUUCAGCAAUUAUUGAUCGCCUAGGUGAAUUUGAUGAUCUCUUGGAUGGCAGUGCCCCUAAAGUUCUCUCUAACAUUUCAGAAGAGAUACGUCUUAUGUACUCCCAUAGGGAAAGUUCACCUCUACUAGAAUCAAAUGGGUCCAUGGCCCCAGACAAACGCCAGAAAUUAUUGGAGAUAGAGAAUAUGACUUUAGGGGCACCAAAUGGAGCAACUUUGGUGAGAGACUUGACGCUGAUAGUUAAAGAAAAGGAGCAUUUGCUGGUAAUGGGACCUAGUGGAUGUGGCAAGACUUCUUUGUUAAGAGUUUUGGCUGGACUUUGGAAUGUUGGAAAAGGAAAAAUCACAUUUUAUAUAAAAGACUAUCCUGAGCAGUUAGUUUCUCCAAAUGAAGGUCUCACCGAAGCAGAUACAGGAGAAGAUGUAUCCAAAGAAAAUAAUAGACCACUCAACAAGAAUUAUCAAGGGAUAUUUUUCCUUCCUCAAAGACCAUAUAUGGUUUUGGGUACACUACGUCAACAGCUGCUUUAUCCUACAUGGGCUGAAGGUUCUGUCACAUCAGCAGGUCAUGCUGAAUCAAAUGUGUUCCCUUCCUUUUUGACAGGUGCGUUGAAUAUCAACAAUGUUGGUGAAAAUCCUGAUAAGCCGACAACGGAUGACCUAAUCCAAGUCCUGGAUAAAGUGGGUCUUGGCUACCUAUUGACUCGUUUCAGUAGUCUGGACAUAACUUGUGAAUGGUCCAGUGUUCUUUCUCUCGGUGAGCAACAACGUAUUGCUUUUGCACGUUUAUUGCUUUCAAGACCAAAGUUAGUCCUGCUGGAUGAGUCUACGAGUGCUUUAGAUGAAGCGAAUGAGGCACGUUUAUACAAGCUAAUUGCAGGUGCUGGGAUAACAUAUAUCAGCAUUGGCCAUCGACGAACUUUACGUAAUCACCAUAACAGUAUUUUGCAUAUAUCAAAGUUGUCCGAUGACAAUCAACGCAACUGGAACAUUGAACCCAUUAUGAGGGAUGAUUUGUACGAAUUAUCAAAGCAGUAAAAUAUGAUGCUUAUUCCUAUAA